AUGUUGUUUCUAGAAGGUGCUGUCAGACCUGUGGUUUCAUUUAAUCCAAACUGGGGGAAAAUAUUCACAGGCGAAACUCUCAGUCUCACCUGUAACGUGGAUUCAGUGGGACGGGAAGUCCAGGAAUAUAUCUGGUACAAAGAUGACAAGCUUCUAACCACAAGGUCAAAUCAGUUUAUAAUCAAAUAUGCCGAGACACACGACAGUGCCAACUACCGGUGCCAGACCGCAACAAGUGACAGAAGUGAUGCUGUAAAGUUGGACGUUAGUUAUGGUAAGUUAACCAGUCAACACAAUCAAUGUAAAUAUUUUGCAAAGUUUUUAAGCUGUUUUUCUGUUCCUAACUUGAAGCAUCACCAUCCUUCUGUUCAUGUAAGGAGGGUCUUUCCAUUAAAGGGAAACUAUAAUGUCCACCUCCCCAGACAGAGUACAAAAGAUGUUAAAAACCCUCUCUAUCACUUACCUGGUUCCCACGCUGGCGGGGGAGACCUAAUGCGUAUGCGCCACAAUGGCCUUGCUCGCAUUAGGAUUUCCCAAUAGGAAAGCAUUUUUCUAUGCUUUCCUAUGGGUAUUCCGAUGACCCUGGAAGUCCUAAUGCAUAGCGUGAGGAUGUCCAAUGUCAGUUAGGUAACCAAAAGUCGCCUAGUGAAUCAGAAGUCCCUCUAGUGGCUGUCUGUUAGACAGCCACUAGAGGAGGAGUUAACCUAUAAAUGUAAUUAUUGUAGUUUAUAAAAAGCAAACUGCAAUAAUUACCUUUCCAGGAUUACAGGUGCUGGGUCACUGCACCCAGACCAAUUCAAUGAGCUGAAGUGGUCUGGGUGCCUUUAUUGUCCCUUUAAAGGAACAAUCUAUGUGUAAUGCUGGGAUGUUUAAAUAUAUAUUUCGAUUAUUGGACCCCCCAGUGGCAACAAAAAAGGGUUAACUUACCUCUUUUCCAGCAGACUUGUGCAAAAUUUUGUUUUGAUCCGCUAUUUAAAAUUCAAUUCUUUUAAUCCAUGCCCAAAUUAAUCGAUCUAUUCAAGAUUUGCCUGUGGAGUUUUAUUAAUUGAAUAAAUCCAGGACAAAUUGAUUAGUUUGGGUGUGGAGUAAGAGAAAUCUAAUUGAGACGAACUGGCCACAAACAAAUUUUUGAAUAAAUAUUUAAUCCAGCAGUGAGAUGAUCUGUUCUACAUCUCGGAGAUCCUCCGUACCUACUCACUAUUUUGCAGUUGUCCAUUUCUUUUCAAAAUCAUCAGAUAGAAAAUGCUGUUGGCCGAAACAGCACCAGUUUGAAAAGUAACAGAUGACUGUAAAAUAGUGAGAUUUAGGUCAGAUAAUUGACAAUCUCACCAAAGAAGCAUAAAUAUGGCUGCUCGAAAAGAGGGUGAGGGAGGAGGGCGGUAAAGGUAGAAAGGUAGAUAAGAAACUCCUUUAAAAGAAAUCCAUAAACAUAAAUUAAAACAUUAAUGAGAUGGUAUACCAUAACAUAAAUAGUAUAUAUAUAAAUUACAAACUUUUAUAACAGUGUUGCUUUAACUAUGGAGUCCAUAGCUAAGUCUAGCUCAUGUUUCAUGAGUCCUCCAGGCUCACUCAGCAGGUUUAAUCAUUAAAGUUAAAAUGUGAUGGGCUCCAAGUAAAAUCAAAGAGAAUUUCAAAUUUAAGGCAAAAUAGCUGAACUGGGAAAAUACUAUAAAAUAAUUUUCAAUUCACGUUUAACAAACCUGAAUGCAUUUCUCCAUCAUUGACAAAUCGAACAUGCUGAUUGCCCCAUUAAGUUACUGACCGAUAUAGAUCUUGAGGACAGAAAUUAGAUCUGAAUAGAAACCUAGAUUACAUUAGAUUAUUUUAUAGUUACACACUGGGGGUGUUGGCCCCCUUUUACCCCACCCUUACAACACUGAUGCUCGCCCUUAAAACCUAACAAGUCACAACUUUUUUUUCAGACUGGAUCAUCCUGCAAGUGCCGCACUAUGUUUAUGAAGGAGAUGAUGUUUCUCUGAGAUGUCAUAAUAUUCAAGGACACAACGCAAAUAAGACAAUAUUCUACAACUCGGAUAAUAAUGUUAUACAGGACUCAGAAAGUGAUUUGGUUUCACUUAAAAAUGUCAGUUUGAGCAUGUCUGGGGCAUACCGAUGUACUAAAGAAUUAUCAGGUGGAAGAUAUUCCACUGAAGCCAUGCUGUCUGUCAGAGGUGAGAAAUAGUGAGUUUCUUAUCAAUUUUUGAUAAAAUGGUGCUAUAAAAUGGGCACCAUUUAGGAAAAGGGCAGGUGGAUGCUGGGAUGUACUUUAUUAUAUGGCUCUCUAAGCAGCAAAACAUCUUCAGCCUAAUUAAGCAGUUUUGGUGUAUAGAUCAUACCCUGCAGUAUUAUUGCUCAAUUCUCUGUAGGAGUUAAAUCACUUUUGUUUUUGUUUACGCAGCCCUAGCCUCUGGUUGUGACUGACACAACCUGCAUGGUUUCAUUUUCAAUCAGAUCUUACAGCACAGUCUGCUCUGUAAAUUGAACUUUUUUAACAAAAGAGACUGCUGAAGGCUCUGCAGGUAAUUAACAAAACAGGAGAAACUCAACUUGUCCAAAAUAGAACUUCUGAUCUAUCCUCCCUCAAGUGUUGCUAUUCCCGUGUCUGUCUCCCUCAAAGUCAACGGCGCCACCAUCACCUCUACCUCACAGGCUCGCUGCCUAGGUGUUCUCUUUGACUCCGACCUCUUCUUCACCCCUCAUGUCCAGUCGAUCGCCAAAUCCUGCUGCUUCCAUUUCAAAAACAUAGCUCGCAUCCGCCCCUAUUUAACACCAGACGCGACAAAGGUGUUGGUCCAUGCCGUUGUUCUUUCUCGCCUUGACUACUGCAAUCCCCUUCUCAGUGGACUUACAUAUUUCCAGAUUGCACCGUUGCAAUCUAUAAUGAAUGCGGCAGCGAGGCUCAUUUUCCUGUCCACCCGCACCUCCCACGCCUCCCCCAUCUGUAAGUUCCUACAUUGGCUUCCAGUUAGAUAAAGGGCUCAAUUAAAGAUCCUGGUGCUUGCUUACAAGUCCCUACAUAAUGCUGCUCCAACCUACCUAUCCUCCCUAAUACACAAGUAUGUCCAGUUGAGGCCCCUGCGCUCUGCCAAAGACCUACGUCUAUCCUCUGUCCGUACUCCCACCUCUGAUGCUCACCUCCAAGACUUCUCCAGGGCUGCACCUUUUCUGUGGAACUCCCUUCCCUUCUCCGUUAGACUUUCAUCCGGUCUCCACUCCUUCAAAAAAUCUUUGAAAACUCACUUAUUCAGGAAAGCAUAUCAAUUAAACUGUUAGCGGGGUUGCAUUCCUGCCCCCUCCCGCCCAUGACUCCUCUCCUGCAACUGUCAAAAAUAAGGUUCUGAGUGAAUAAAUUUUUAGCAACCUAUUUUAUUAUCCCUACUUAUACCUUUUGUGUCACUAUACCCCAUUCCCACUAACAUGUAAGCUCAUUGAGCAGGGCCCACAACACCUCUGUUCCUGUGCGUCCAUUUGUCUGGUUACAAUUACGUGUCUGUUAGUCCACCCACUGUACAGCGCUACGGAAUUUGCUGGCGCUAUAUAAAUAAUAAAAUAAUAAUAAUAAUAAAAAUAAUAAAAAGUUCUAAAUUAAACUUUAUGUACAAUAAAGGAAGCUUAAAAAUAUACUUUUCAGGAAGUGGGUAGAGAGACUGUGUAGGUCACAUGUACUACACUAACACUACACUGUCACUAAAUACUAACCUCUAUAUUAAAAAUAAACAUUACACUACACUAAAACUUUUCUGUCACUAAAAACAUUAAACCAUACACUAAAAUUUUAAUAUCACUGAACAAUAACCCCUGAACUACACUACUAUCUUGAAACAUUAUCCCCUACACUACACUAACCAUUAACCACUACACAAUACUGUCACUAAACAUUAAAGGGAACUUGUUUUCCUGGCACUAUAGCUUCCCCCUUUGUCAAGGCCCAUCCCUGUGGUGCAGAAGUGAUUAAUAACCCCUUCUGUCACUUACCUGGGUUCAGUGUCGAUGUCCCUCGGCACUGGCUCAGCUCCGCCCACGCGCCUCCGGCAAUAGCCGCACUUGUAUUAGGAUCUCCCCAUAAGGGAGCAUUCAUAAGAAAGGAUUCCGUGAGGACGUCCAGCAUCGUUUAGGCAACCAAAAGUCGUCUAUGAACUCGGAAGUCCCUCUAGUUGCUGUCUGGUAGACAACCACUAGAGGAGGACUUAACCAUAGCAGGUAAUUAUUGCAGUUUAUCAAAACUGCAAUAGUUACAUGCUCAAGGUUAAGGGUGAUGGGAGUUGCCACUCAGACCACUUUAAUGAGCUGAAGUUCUUUGGGUGCCUACAGUGUCCCUUUAACCACUACUUUACACUAUCUUGAAACAUCUUGCAUUUCACUAACCAAUAACCUCUACACUACUCUAACACAUUCAGCAGAACAUGCAGCUCCAGUAAUUGUACUUUUAUGAAUGGCGCUAUAGGUGUGACCUGUUAGAGGAUGUGGAGACUUGUAUUAUGUAUGUCUACAACAUGGGCACACAACAAAAUGUAUGAGAGCACAAGAUAGUAUCUGGUUUGUACUGUGACACCUAUGAAUGAGUGGUCUUAUAGCUGUAGUAAAACAGGAUGUUCUUGCAUCAUAACCCAAGGAGCAUGCAUCAUGACAAGGCUUGGGAAGUCCCUUUAAUAAAGGUUGAAUUUUUAGAUCCACCAUAAAGAAAACAUAUAAUCAAGAGUAGGGUUUUAAAGGAACACAUGUAUUCCUAAUACUAUAUUGAUACCCUACCUAUUUAGGAGUCCCCCCCUGCCCCGCCCAUUAGGGUCUUGACAAAGCCAAACCUUGAAUGUUCAGGGGAAAGGACCUAGUUACACCCACUGACCCCACCACGAUCGAUGAUCUCAGUCAAACGCUUAACCAUAGGAAUGCAUUGGGAAGAUAUUGCACAUGCAGGGCAAAUUUCAACAAAAAUAUAUAGAAACAGUACAAGUACAAACCCUAUCUUACCUAAUGUCUAUUAAAAUAGUCAAAGCUGCCACUCUGAGGAAGCGAUCCAAAACGUAAAUCAAAUGUAACCAAAAUUCUAACAACAGUUUGGGAGGAAGGAUGACUAAUUUUGGAGCACAAGAAGUUGUGAUAAAAGAUCUGAACCCUUGAAAAUUAAAUGGCUUAUUUUUAAUUCACAGAACACAAUUAACAAAAUAUAACCCAUGUUCCUUUGUUUUGUAUUCAUUGACAGACCUGUUCUCUCAACCACAAAUAUUGGUGAACCCAUAUGCACCAAAAGAAGGUGCUAAUGUGACCCUCAUGUGUGACACAAGUGUUAGCUUGCUCAGAACAUCUACAGAACUACAGUUUGCAUUCUACAGAAAUGGGCAAAAUGUGCAAGAAUUUGGUUUAUCCAAUAAAUACCAGAUUUAUUCAGCUCAGUCUGGGAAUUCCGAAGAUUUUACCUGUGAAGUAAAGACUUCAACCAGCAACGUAAAGAAGAUAAGCCGCGUGACGCGUUUCCAUAUAUUGGGUAAUUUAGCAACGAUAACUGUGGAAUAAUAAAAUGAACCAUAACUGCUAAAUCGAUCUGCGAAUCCAGAUUUUCAACUAUAGCAGCUGUUGUUAUCCACAUAUUGAGAUCCUGUGACCACUAGGAUGUCUUCUGGUGACCAAUGUAACUAGAAAGCAUAUACAUCUACUAGUAUGAUCGUGCACACAAGUCAGGAACCACACUAAAUAGAUAGAUUGUGCAAACCAGUGGAUAACCACUCCCUCUAAUGGUCAAAAGAGCAAAUCACACAUAUAACCUCGAGAGCACACACUUAAUUGUAAGAAAUGUAUCCUCAUUCCUUAUUACCAAACAAAUGUUCAAAUGAAAAGUAAUGAAACAUAUCUCAAAUACAUCAAAGACGGUGAGUACACUUUAAAAAGAAAAAAAAAAUCGUUAUCAUAUAUCGAUAUGGUUCUAUUUUGUGAAUUGUGCCCAUUAUAUACUCACUCACUCUUCAUCGUUCAUGUAUUUUAGAUAUUUCUCAUUUCUGUACAUUUGAAAAUGUGUUCUAGUAAUAUGAAAAAAUAUAUAUUUUUUACAAUUUAUUGAGUCUGCUGUUUUGAUAAUAUUUAUAAUUUGGAAAUUGGGAGGACUAGAGGUGCUUCCUUCUCCAAAUCUAGUAAAACCUGGUUUGGUAAUGAAAUACAACUGAAAGCAGCAUUUGAUUGGAGGAGCAUUGCAUUUUUCCGUGAUGCCCUCUCCAAUCCAAUGCUUCUCUAUGAGAAACAUUAGAUUGGAUGAGAUUUUGAGUGAUGUCAGAAUCCUUGCUGACAUCACCAAAGGUGGAGCUGGAGACUGCAGCUGAGGAGUCUUGGCUCUGGAAAACAGGUGAGUAAUAUUUAUCUUACUUAUUUGGACAGAAGGAAACCUAUAGUCCCAAAAUAAUGAUUUAUAAUUUAAGGUCGAUAGUUUCCCUUUAAGGGGAAAAGCCAUGGUGCGGUGCAUAGAAAUAAGAAAAAGUGGUAAAUCUCAUCAAUACCAAAUUAAAGUAACUGCGAACACAUUCAAACAUCGUUAGAGGUAAGUCCAUGGAUGGACAAUGGUCUGUGAAACACAUAGGUUUAGAUUUCAUUAUUUUGGAUAAGGUUUACAAAUAAUCACAAUAUGUUAGAAAAACAUUUCAGAUUAUGAAUGUACAGAAGUCACAAUUAAAGUAUAUAAGGAUUUUUGUAGAAAUAUAAUUUGGAACAUUUUUCUAAUAGAUUGUGAUGCAAGAUUUGUAAAGCAAAAUAAUUAAAGCCUCACUACCUCACUGAGGGUGUGGGGGGUAGUGAGGCUGAGGGUGGUGUGGGGGGUGGUGAUGUAAGAGGUAAUGUGAGAAGAAGGAGGGGGGUAAUGUGAGAAGAAGGAGGGGGGGUAAUGUGGAGAAGGAGGAGGGGGGUAAUGUGAAGGAGGGGGAAAUGUGAGAAGGAGGGGGGAAAUGUGAGAAGAAGGAGGGGGUAAUGUGAGAAGGAGGAGGGGGUAAUGUGAGAAGGAGGAGGGGUAAUGUGAGGAGGGGUGAUGUGGAAGAGGAGGUGAGGGGGGUUGAUGCUGAGGGUGGUGGGGGGGGUGAUGUGUGGCUGAGGGUGGUGGGAGGUGAGGGUGGGGGGUGGUGAUGCUGAGGGUGGUGGGGGGUGAGGUGGGGGUGAUGCUGAGGGUGGUGGGGGGAGGCUGAGGGGGUGGGGGCUGGUGAUGCUGAGGGUGGUGGGGAAGCUGAGGGUGGUUGGGGGUGGUGAUGAGGGUGGUGUGGGGGUAGUGAGGCUGGGGGUGGUGAGGCUGAGGGUGGUGUGGGGGGUAGUGAGGCUGGGGUGGUGUGGGGUAGUGAGGCUGAGGGUGUGGGGGGUAGUGAGGUCAGAGAGAUCAGAUGAGUCCUUCAGGACUGUAGUGGACACUGAAUACACUAGCCUAGCUAUCAAUUUCCCUAUCAAAUCAGCAGCAGCUACACUGUCCCUCCUGUCACUAAGAAUGCAGCUUCACAAUGAAUGUAAAAUGGAUGCUGUCCAGGAGGUGGGAGGGUCUGGGAGGGAGGGUCUGCUGCUGAUUGGCUGGAAUGUGACUGCUUACUGUGAGGUACAGGGUCAAAGUUUACUUAAUGAUGACGAAUAGGGGGCGGACCGAACAGCGCAUAUGUUCGCCAUCCGUGGCGAACGCGAACAAGCGAUGUUCGCCAGGAACUAUUCGCUGGCGAACCGUUCGGGACAUCACUAUUUCCUUAUUAUUAUAUUGUUUAUGUUUAAUUUAGGGUUCUGGGACUUCCCCCGAACCAGAUGCCCCUCUCUGGGUGAGUGCCAGGGCUAUACAAAACUUUUUUCCUGUGUUCAGCCUGGUCCAAAGUCACAGUUGCUGCUCUUAAACAUAUAACAUUAAAAUCAUAUAAAUAUAUUAAGGUUUAAUCUCUUUCACUAUUUGCAGAAAAGAGCAGGGAGUGAAACUUUUUAUAAAUAGUAUGAUAUUCCUAGCACAGUAUUUAAAAAUAAAAUACCACCACAUGUCUCACUUAUGAUAGAUUAGAAAACAAAAGAUAAAUGAAAAUGUGUAAAUACUAUUUUUAUAGGAAUUUGUGCCAAACAUUCCACUGUUAUGCUCACACAUUAUGCUCAGUACUAUUGCCUUGAUAAAACCUGGCAUCUGUAUGUAGAGAACACUGUGCUGGAUUAGAGGAGAUGAAAGUUGAAAUUGCUAAAUCAUAUAUAUGUUAGAUUUGAUGUCAAUGGACUAGAAGAUGUAUUUGCAACAAGGUAACUUCUUUCUAGUCCAUAAAACUAACAUACAAUGCAUGUUCCUCUUCUAGAACUGUUCUCAUUCCCUCAAAUUAAAGCGAGCCCUCAGGAAGUGACAGAAGGUGCAGAGAUGACCUUGACAUGUGACACAGUUCCUACAUAUCCCACAGACCUGAUGUUUGCUUUCUACAGAGAUGGAGAGAUGGUGCAGGGGUUCAAUUCAUCCAGUAGGUCCCAGGUUCAGUCAGCUCAGCUCGAGGACUCGGGGAAUUAUACCUGUGAGGUCAGAACAUCAAACUACAAUGUAAAGAAGAGAAGCCAUGUGUUACAUAUUCAGGUACAAGGUGAGUGGGGAACACUGACCCAUGAGGAACCUCUCUUCCACUAAAUGUACUGUGGAUAGAUUGUAAUGAAUCUACAUAGAAUUAAACUUCAAGAGGGCCUUGUAUAAAUAGGUGGAGGGAACAUGCAGUGCUCUAAAAAUUGAGAGCUGGAAGUUUUCUGCCGUGAGCUACCCAACUAUGUAGGGCUUAGCUCAUUGACUGAGUGCUCAGUUGAUGCUCCCAGUCAAUGAGCAGUACCUGCACAUCAACAAAAUACCUAUUAGAAAUAAAAAAAAAAUGUAUUGAUCGGAUACUGAUGGUAGAUUGUAACAACUUUAUUCAAAAUCCAUUCAUUUGGAUUUUUCUUCCUUUCUAGAGUUGUUCUCUUACCCAAAGAUAAAACUGAUUUAUGAUCUGCUGGUGGAAAAGAGUAACUUGACCCUUUCUUGCGACACAAAUUCGACUCUGCUUGGAAAUACUACGGAAUUACUGUUUGCAUUCUACAGAAAUGAACAGAAUGUGCAAGAAUUCGGUUUAUCCAAUAAAUAUGAGGUUGAGUCAGCUCAGGCGGCGAACUCUGGAGUUUAUAACUGUGAAGUUAUAACUGCAAACAACAAAGUGAUAAAAAGAAGUAAAGGACUAAACGUUCAGAUACAAGGUGAGUCCAGUACACAUCACCAACAAAAAAUGUAUAUAUGGAUAUAUUGACCUCCGUUUAAUAUUGUUGGAGAAACUUUUCAAAUUAUUUAAACAUAAUAAAAUGUCAAAAAUAUAUCAUCUACAAAAAAUAUGUCUAAAUAUGAAAAUAUUACAUAAUUACAAUAUGUUUCAUUAUAUUAAAUCAUUUUAUUAUUUUUAUCCAAAAAUAUUAAAUCACUUGAAAAAUGUAUCCAAAAUAUUGAGUUGAAGCCAUUGUAAGAGAAACAUGCAGCUCUAGCAAAGAAUACAUUGCGCGUGGGUGGCAAGUGGGUGGGGCUUUGAGCGGAGAAAGUGGAGAGUGGGCGGAGAAUAAUAAGAUCAAGGAUGGCAUUUUAGCUGGAUAAUAGGGUGGGCGAAGAUAUGGACAUGAUAUCAUCUGGUAUUCAUAAAUUAGAUUUUCACUGGGCACAGAUUAUAUCUUAUUACCCCAUGCUUUAUGCUAUUCCUGCCACAAUUUGUAAGUAAUUGGAAACGUAAAAAUGAGAGAAAAAUAUCAUAAUAAUAAAAAGUUUGUGCUUUUCUCAUUCAUUGAUUGAAUCUGUAGUAGACUGUAUUUUAUGAUUCUAAAUUCUUUCUUUCCAAGGUACCAUUAAUUACACGUCGAACAACAUAAUAAGGAUGGCACUGUCCGCAUGUAUAUUGAUCAUCACGUUGUGUAUUUUCUUACAUCACAUGAAGAAUGAUGUUAUGAAGACGUAUGACGAUUGAGUUCUGCAGGAAAUGUCCGCAGUUGUACAUUUAAGUACAAUUUUUGCAAUAUUGGUUGAAAAAAAGACAUCACCUCUAUAACCUCUCAUUUUCAUUUUUUGCUCCAAAU